AUGAUGCUAUCUACAGCAACGAUCCCCUUCCUCAUCCACGCUCUCAUCGAGACCCCCGCUGCCUUGACCUUCAUCCUGAAACCAUCCUCACAACUUCAACCGCUUCCUCCAUCGGCAGCUCUGAUUCUUCAGUCAUUUGGUGGCCUUCUUCUUACGAGCAACCUCAUUGCUCUCAUCUUUAUCCGCCGACCGUUUGAUGAUGCAACUCGUCAAGCGGCGCUCGCAUUUUCCUUCUGGCAUAUUUGGCCCUCUUAUCGCGCUCUUAUGCGCGUAAAUGGCUAUACAGAAGAGGGAGAAGCUUCAACAACCAAGACAUUAGGGGGACCACUGGUGCAUCUAGGAGUUCACAUAGUUUUGUUGACCAUGUUUGUCUGUACCUGGUAUUUUGGUAAUGCUUAA